UGUUUGAAGAUGGUGGAUUUCGCUCGCGUACAGAAGGAGCUUCAAGAAUGCAACAAAGACAACGAUGUCUCGGGCAUAAGCAUCAAGCCUAUAGGCGACAAUCUCACGCAUUUGGCCGGAACGAUUCCUGGUCCUCUCGCCACUCCUUACGAAGGCGGCACUUUCAACAUCGACAUUAUCUUGCCCGAUGGGUACCCUUUUGAACCUCCACGAAUGCAAUUUGCUACAAAAGUUUGGCAUCCUAAUAUCAGCAGUCAAAGUGGAGCGAUAUGCUUGGACAUCCUGAAGGACCAAUGGAGCCCUGCACUCACUCUAAAGACAGCACUCCUUUCAGUACAAGCAUUACUUUCUGCCCCUGAACCUGAUGAUCCACAAGAUGCUGUAGUAGCACAACAGUAUCUCAGGGACUACCAGACCUUUGCAGCCACAGCUCGUUACUGGACAGAAACUUUUGCUAGAACAUCAGCUCUUGGGGUUGAGGAGAAGGUGCAAAAACUGGUGGAGAUGGGCUUCCCUGAAGCUUUGGUUCGGAGUACGUUGGAGAGUGUUGGUGGUGAUGAGAACAUGGCCCUUGAAAAGCUUUGCUCUGGCUAGAACUCAAAGCAGACGACAUUUUACUUUUUUUUGUUGUGGAAAUUCCUGUGCCAUCGCAAGAGGUUGAAAACUAGAUUUACAAACACAAAUGGAUUUGUCAGAAUAUAAGCUUUUCAUUUAUAGUCUAGGUUUUCUAUCUUUCGAUCAUUCGUCUUUUGUUGCAGACUGUUCAUCCUUCAUGAAUAGUAUAUUUCAAUGUCAAUGCAUCAAUAUCGCUAUUACCUAAUUGCAAUCAGCUUGUGAAAUUUGAAAA